AUGUUCUAUGAUUUGAAUGUGCCCUACAGCCCGGGUGAUCAUGAGAUCUCCGCUACUCUUAGCUUCCUCGCCGAGCUUGGUUACACAACGGUUGCCCUUUCGUACACUAUCGCCGGGAAGCUUCCGCCAAACCCUACGACUCCAUCCCUUCCGUCUAAUGUCCCCAAGGGCCUUACACUUCUCACGCGCCUCAAUUUACCCCUCUCCGAUCCCGCCCAAAAUCAACGACUUACCACUAUUGCUCAAGCUUAUGACUUGGUCGCCCUGCGCCCGACGAAUGAGAAAGCUCUAUUAAAUGCAUGCACCAACGCCGAAUGCGAUAUUAUUUCCCUGGAUCUCUCAGUCAGACACCCAUACCACUUCAAGUUCAAGAUGCUUUCUGCCGCAAUCGCACGAGGUAUACGGAUCGAGAUAUGCUACGGUCCAGGAGUCACAGGCAGCGGGUUAGAAGCCCGUAGAAACCUCAUCGGAAAUGCAAUGUCCUUAAUUCGCGCAACCCGUGGACGGGGGCUGAUCGUGUCGAGCGAGGCCAGGAAAGCAUUAGGUGUGCGGGCUCCUUUCGACGUGAUCAACCUAGCAUGUGUGUGGGGCCUAUCACAAGAGCUCGGGAAAGAGGCGAUCUGUGCAGAAUCGAGGAAGACCGUCGCUCUUGCUCGACUGAAGCGAACCAGCUGGCGCGGAAUCAUAGAUGUUGUUGAUGGUGGACAAACACCGGCACCGAAAUCAGGCGCUGCUGCAUCCACCGGCAAGGCUUCUGGGCCAAAAUCGUUGACAGACAGCAACGGCGACAAUCUGAAGAGGAAGGCCUCCCCUGCCCCUGAAACGAGCAUGGAGGGGGUCGAAAAGCCCCUUUCUAAACGCGAGGUCAAACGACGGGCUAAGAAAGCGCGUCUAGAGGCGGCUUUGGGUGGUGGCGACGCAUCCCCAGCUUGA